ACGUUUCUUGUUCCAAACGAAAGCACCUCUUCAAUUCCAGACCACCGCAUCUCCAGAUCGCCGCCGGAGAGAUGAGUAACCAAGCAGAGUCUUCUGAUGCUAAGGGAGGGAAGAAGGACUUCUCCACCGCGAUUCUGGAGAGGAAGAAGGCAGCUAAUCGGCUAAUCGUUGAUGAGGCGGUUAGCGACGAUAAUUCCGUCGUCUCUCUCCACCCGGCUACAAUGGAAAAGCUUCAGCUCUUUCGUGGCGACACCAUUUUGAUUAAGGGUAAGAAAAGAAAAGAUACCGUAUGCAUUGCCCUUGCAGACGAGACAUGUGAAGAGCCAAAGAUCAGGAUGAAUAAGGUUGUCAGGUCAAAUCUAAGGGUUAGGCUGGCUGAUGUUGUAUCUAUACACCAAUGCCCAGAUGUUAAAUAUGGAAAGCGUGUACACAUACUGCCCAUUGAUGAUACGAUCGAGGGAAUCACUGGGGAUCUGUUUGAUGUAUAUCUCAAACCUUAUUUUGUGGAGGCCUAUCGCCCUGUGAGGAAAGGAGACCACUUUCUUGUUAGAGGAGGGAUGAGAAGUGUAGAAUUUAAAGUUGUCGAGACUGACCCUGGGGAGUACUGUGUUGUUGCCCCUGAUACUGAAAUAUUCUGCGAGGGAGAACCUGUGAGGAGAGAAGAUGAGGAUAGGCUUGAUGAGGUUGGCUAUGAUGAUGUUGGUGGUGUUAGAAAGCAAAUGGCUCAGAUUCGUGAACUGGUGGAGUUACCACUAAGGCAUCCUCAGCUGUUCAAAUCCAUUGGUGUCAAACCUCCUAAGGGAAUUUUGCUCUAUGGACCCCCAGGUUCUGGAAAAACUCUAAUUGCUCGGGCUGUUGCAAAUGAAACUGGUGCAUUCUUCUUUCUAAUCAAUGGGCCAGAAAUUAUGUCUAAAUUAGCUGGAGAGAGUGAGAGUAAUCUGAGAAAGGCAUUUGAGGAGGCUGAGAAGAAUGCUCCCUCUAUUAUAUUUAUUGAUGAAAUUGAUUCUAUAGCACCUAAGCGAGAGAAAACACAGGGUGAGGUUGAGCGGAGGAUUGUUUCUCAGCUCUUGACUCUCAUGGAUGGGCUGAAAGCUCGUGCACAUGUUAUUGUAAUGGGGGCAACUAACCGGCCAAACAGCAUUGAUCCAGCUCUCAGAAGGUUUGGUAGGUUUGAUCGUGAAAUUGACAUUGGGGUUCCUGAUGAAGUUGGACGGCUUGAGGUUCUUAGGAUUCAUACCAAAAACAUGAAGCUGUCUGAUGAUGUUGACCUAGAAAGGAUUGCUAAAGACACUCAUGGCUAUGUUGGUGCUGAUCUGGCAGCACUCUGCACUGAAGCUGCACUUCAGUGCAUCAGAGAAAAAAUGGAUGUCAUUGACUUGGAAGAUGAUUCCAUUGAUGCUGAGAUACUUAACUCCAUGGCUGUUACAAAUGAACACUUCCACACAGCACUCGGAACAAGCAAUCCUUCUGCUUUGCGUGAGACGGUUGUUGAAGUGCCCAAUGUCUCUUGGGAAGACAUUGGAGGGCUUGAAAAUGUCAAGAGGGAACUUCAGGAGACUGUUCAAUAUCCUGUGGAACAUCCAGAGAAGUUCGAGAAAUUUGGCAUGUCACCUUCAAAGGGUGUUCUUUUCUAUGGUCCUCCCGGGUGUGGUAAAACUCUUCUGGCCAAGGCAAUUGCAAAUGAAUGUCAAGCCAAUUUCAUUAGUGUGAAAGGACCCGAACUGCUUACAAUGUGGUUUGGUGAGAGUGAAGCCAAUGUUCGUGAGAUCUUUGACAAGGCUAGGCAAUCUGCUCCAUGUGUCCUCUUCUUUGACGAGCUUGACUCUAUUGCUACUCAGAGAGGAAGCAGUGUUGGAGAUGCUGGUGGGGCUGCUGAUCGUGUUCUCAAUCAACUUUUGACUGAAAUGGAUGGCAUGAAUGCAAAGAAGACUGUUUUUAUCAUUGGAGCCACUAACAGACCUGACAUAAUUGACCCUGCACUUCUUCGUCCUGGCCGUCUUGAUCAGUUAAUAUAUAUCCCUCUGCCCGACGAAGACUCCCGCCAUCAAAUCUUCAAGGCCUGCCUCAGAAAAUCACCACUUUCAAAGGAUGUUGAUUUGAGGGCUCUUGCAAAGUAUACUCAAGGAUUUAGCGGGGCUGAUAUUACCGAAAUAUGCCAGCGGGCAUGCAAAUAUGCCAUACGGGAGAACAUUGAAAAGGACAUAGAAAGGGAGAAGAGGAGAGCAAGCAACCCGGAUUCCAUGGAUGAGGAUGUGGAGGAGGACGAAGUGGCUGAAAUCAAGCCUGCACAUUUUGAGGAGUCCAUGAAAUAUGCUCGCCGAAGCGUGAGCGAUGCUGACAUACGCAAAUACCAGGCAUUUGCUCAGACCUUGCAGCAGUCGCGGGGCUUCGGCACUGAAUUCAGGUUUGCUGAAUCAGCAGCAGGCGGUGGUGGCGCAUCUGGGUCUGACCCGUUUGCAGCCCCUGCUGGUGGAGCCGACGACGAUGACUUGUACAGUUAAGCCUUGUUGUUUUGCUUUGCUCUGCUCUGCUCUGCUUUGCUUCAAAUUUGCGCUAUUUAAACACUAUUAUUAUAAUUAACUAUUCACUAUGCAAUUUGCAUUCAGCCCAACUGAGUGAGUCUGUAUACUCUGCUCAUAUUUCCUGGAUUCAUUUGGUCACAUUAUUAUUAUUAUUAUUAUUAUUAUUAUUAUUA